GUAGAGACAGAUAGGGCUUUCGUGGCGUUCAUCUAAAGUUGUUCUUAAAGCCAAGAAAAUUUGGCUUCCUUCUCAGAAAAUACCCGAAAUUUCUUCAUUCGCCGGAGAUUGAAUACCCGUCGUCGAUCGGAUUCCGGCAUUGGCUUAUAUUCCAUGUUCACUGAAGACCCUUAAAGAAGAAGAAGAAGAAGAAGAAGAAUGGAAUCUCUUUGAAGAUUUUGCUGAUCGGAGGAGACAACCAGGAUAUUACUAUCACUAUAUUUAUCAUUUGCUUCGAGAAAAUUGAGGAGUUGUAGGAGGCGGCGGAGAUUUUGAUGAUUAUUAAAGGAAAAGAAAAGGAUUAUUUAUAAAACGAAAAAAAAGGUAUUAUUUUGAUUAAUUUAUACGAUUUGCUUGUUUUAUUACUGGAGAUUAAUUUCUCUGGUUUUGGUCUUGCUCGUGACGGAUUUGAGUAAAGAGGAGAUUAGAUCAGGAGGUGCGGAAGGCAGAUCUACUGUAUAGAGUGCAAGAUUGCGGGAAAGAAGGGUUCUUAAAUUAGGGUUUGUUUUGUUGUUGCAGUGAUUUAUGGAGUGAUAUGAGCAAGAAUUGAUGUUUUGUAUGUCCUGGAAUGAUUGCGUAAACUCGCUGGAUUUUUUGAAUCUGCUGGCGAAAGUUGAUAUUUUUUGCUGGAUUUUGGAAUCUGCCGGCGAAAGUGAGAUUUUUUGUUGUUGUGAUGUGUGUUUUCUAGAGCUACUGAUGAUGGGCUCUUCUGUCCGUGUUGAUUUCUUAUCUCUUGUUUUCUAUGUUAUUGGAUCUGUCCAAUCUCCUUGUUUUUCGCAAAUCAAUCAAUCCCAGUGUUAUCCAGCUUUGGAAGGAGCGAAGGAUAUAUGGGUUUGUUCUUGUAGGGUAGGUAUUUGUCUAAAUCUGACAAACAACAGGAUCUGAAGAAGUGAGCACUGUUGUUUUUGGUUGAGAUUAGAAGAUGGGUUCUUCAUUUUUUGGAUGCUAUUUGGACCAGGCACAAGUUGAUUAGUGUUUCUAGCAAGUAGAUUUACUGUCUUGUUUUGUUGUCACAUGUUUUAGAUACAUUAAGGAUGAAAUACUACUGUCUCAUGUCCUGUUAUGUGUGACUUCUUCUACUUGAUUAUCUUAUUACAUACAAAGAAGACCUGCAGCAAAGCUAUAUAGAAUCUGAGCUGAGGGAGUCUUUGCAAUCCUUCAAAACUGUUUAACACGAUCUGCCUGAAGGUAAGAAGGGCAGAAACAUAUUAGAGGUUUAGAUCUUUCAGUGAUUAUCAGAAGGAAAUUCUUUCUGUCAAGAUUGGGGGAAUCAGAGCUAAAUCCUCUUCCACUCCUGUGACCAGUAGGAAGCAAGGAGCCACGGCGUCCUGCAAGAAUUUGGGUGGUGGAUCAUCAGUUGAUGGCCUAGAAAUCAUAGGAUCUGCAAGCAUGAUGAGUGCAGCAGGUCUAGAACUUACGAAUUUUAUAGAUCCUGAUUUGACUUGGAAGACAUUUACAAAAGGCCACAGGAGUACGUCAAGGCGUAAGCCAGUUGUUAGAAGCUUUAAUGGGAAGGCAAAGCUAUCAGAUGAGAGUACCAGAAAUAUGGAUGACAUGACGGUUUCAGAUAAUGAGAAGCAUGGUGUGGCUGUUCUUGGCCGCCGCUUCAGUGGAAAAAAUGAGAAAAAAGAGCAUGUACCCAUUAAAAAACGAAGACAUACAGCCCAGGGUCCCCCACAACCUUCUUGUACCACAUCUCCAUGCUUUGAAGUGGUUGAACUUAAUUCAAGUGGGAAACGACGACGUAGAGCAACUGAUGCUGCUGUGCCAAGUAAGCUCAAUUUGAAGACAUCAGAGGUCCAUGAUAAGUUUGAUUACAGUGAUGACUUCUCAGGCAUUGAGAUACUCGCAGCUGUUGCUUGCAACAAUGGUAUGAUUAAUGAUGCUGCUCGUGAAGAAAGUUCAAUAUUGGAAGAAUCAACACGAGAAGGAGUGGGCUCAUCUUCUUCUGCAGUUCCGUUCAAAGAAACUGUUGCAUCCCCAAAAGAUAUGGCUGAUGAAGAUAGACCAGAUGCCUUUCAAAAUAGUGAAGUUACAGUUUUGCAUGCAUCUGCUGGUACCAAGGAUAGCGGAACAGGAGAAGGAUCUCUAUUGUCACGGGAUGAAAUGUUGAAUCUGGACUUGAAUGUUACCUGGGAGCAAACUUGUGAUACUUCGAUCUUUGAUUCCAGUGAAAAUGAUUUACAAAGUUGUGAGGUUAAGCCUGAAGCCUUGGAACAGCAAAACCGUCCUGACAGAGUGGUUUUGUCAGAUUUACUUGGGGAUAAUACAUCCGUUGAUUUGAUAGGCUUGUCUCUUGGGACAUGUGAAUCGAUUAGAGAGGAACCUGAAUCUGAAGCUUGCUCCCUCCAUGAUGGAAAACAUGAAGAAUGUUUUCCGUCUCCAACUGGUAAUGCCCUGGAACCCUCCAUUUGUGAUGUUGCCAAUGCAGAAGCUUCAAGUCAGGCUGUUUAUGGGGAUAAAUCCCUAGAUCAUCCAUCGUGCAAUACACUUCCUAGCCUUACUCUCAAGCAGUGUUCAGAAAUGUGUUCAACAGAUGAACAAGUUAUAAAAGUUUUGUGUACUGAAAGUUUGCAGGUUGAGUCAUGUAAUGUUUCUCCUCACCAUCAACCUAACUUGGAGAGAGUUCCUAGUGAGAUUGAUCUUUCAAUCUCAAAUGAUAACGGAGAGAAUUCUCAGAUAGCAACCUGCCCACAUGAAGAUGGGAAGUUAAAUACAAGUAGCUUGGAAAACUGUCCACCAAUAGAACCUGCUUGGCUUGGAGUUGAAUCUGGAGGUCAAGAAGAAGAAUCAGGUGAACGGCAGUGUUCGCCUAAUAGAAGUGCCUGUUUGUCUUCUGAGAAAGGCCAACCCGUGAUGGAAGUGGAUGCCAAUGGAACCAAUGAGGCUUCUGCUGCCAAUAAAGCAGAAGCUCAUUCUCCAGUGCAAGCUGGGUCUGAGGAAUUGAUGCAGAAGUCUUCUGCAGACUCUACUGUCACUCCUGGAGAUGCAUGCGGAACACAUGGUAAUGGUUUUACAAGUGGCUCAGCUAAGGUCAAUAUGGAAGAUCUGGAAGAUGACAGCUUUGAAUCAGAUGUUUAUCAAGCUGAUAAGGUUCACAUAGUUGGCAUAAACGGUUUAGAACUUCAGGCUGGUUAUGAUUCUCCGUUUGAGGAUGGGGAGUUGAGGGAAUCUGAUGCACAGUAUUACUGGGAUGAAAAUGGGGAGGAUGGUGAAGUCGAGCAGGUGGACUAUGGGUCUGAAUGUGAUGAAGAAAGACUCUGUGUCUUGGAUAAUGAGAAGGAAAUGAAGGUUGAGAGAGGUUCCAGUUCGGGAUCUGAUUAUGUUAGUAGAAAAAUUGAACAAUGUGGGUUGGGAGAUUCUCUGAGAGAUGACUUGCUUAGCCCAAAGACAAGAACUUCGUAUGUCACUAUUGACAAGGAUUUCCUGUCCGGGGUGGUUGGAUCAAAGGCAUCCGAUAGAGAUUUCCUGUCGAGCAUUGAGGAGUCCAAUGCCAUAUUUAGGAAGCAUCGUACACUUAGGAGCAGAUCCAACAGUUUUUAUAAUUUAUAUCAUCGAGAUGAAAGGGAUGCAGGUUCCCAAAAAUUCAUGGGAAGGGACAGGGCUGUUCCUCCAACACGUGGCAGAAGUCCUGGAGGCCAUCGCUUUGUCAAUGAUGCACCAGGCUACUGUGACUCAGAAAGGCGCCAUUUUUGUACUUAUCGUGGCAAUUACACUUCUGGCCCUUCUAGAACUAGAGGUGGUUUUGAUAGCCACAGAUACGUAAUAACCUCAGACCGUGCAGCCUCUGAAGGAGCAGGGUUUGCAGGAUCUGACAGUCGUGGCCGCAGGCGAUUUGUUAAUCCUUCUUCGAACAGUUCAUAUGAACGGGUCACGAGGAGGAGAUCACCUACCAGCAGAGAUGAUUUAUACCGUGUGCAUACAGGAACGCAGCCUGUGAGAGAUGGUAGCCCAGUCAGGAGUGGGUUUAGAAGAUUUCCAAGAGGGGCUGCAACAGGAGGCUUGAGAGGGGAAUACCACAGGCCAAUGCCAGAGGACAAGAUUGAAUAUUCUAAUCGUUAUGCACCACGGAUGCUUAGGAGAGAAAGAAGCAUCUCCCCCUUAUGCAGAGGACAACCUAGCUACCCCUUCACACACAAGAAAUCUCGGUCAAGAUCCAGGAGUCGCUCUCCUUCAUAUUUAACUAGGGACAGAAAUGAGGCUUCAAGGCUUCGUAGCAGGUCUCCAGAUUUUAGGACUGAUGCUAGGAUGGAUAGAGUGAGGUUGCCAUUUCAGAAGCGUAUUCCAGCUGAUUUUGAAGAGGGGUUUAUCCCUACAAGAAGAAAUCACUUUACACAGCAUAAUCCCAGAUGGUUUGAUGAUCGAAAUGGUGGUUUAGAUAGUUUCAGGGGAAGAAAAUCACCUGUGAAUAUGUUCCGUUCAGAUCAAAGAUUUGAUUCAGUGCGAACCAUCCGGAGAUUGGAUUCAGAGGAUCAGUUCAGAGAGAGGAUACGAUCCAGAAAAUUUAAUGAUAUGGGGAGCGCUAGCAGGGGAGGUGAAUUUGACAGCAGUGAUGAUGGCAGGAGAAAGCAUAAUAACAAAUAUGAGAUUGUUCAGCGAGUGAGACGAUAUGAUACAGAUGGUGGUCUGCGGCGAUUCCGGGUUAAUGCAGAAGAUUCCUUGGUGGCAAAUAAUGCUACUCCUAACUGUGAUGAUGGAAACAGAAUUACUGACAGAAGGCCUGGAGAGGUCCUUAGAAGGGAUGGUGAAGAGUAGUUUAUUUGAGAUAUCACCCAGAAUAGCGAAAACUUUGCUUUGGGUUUAUCUGAUGAUAGAUAGGGGUUUUUUCCUUCCUUUUCUUUCGUUUAUUGUAUAAACAUUUCAAGUUUUGGUAGGAAGUAUCUCAAUUCCCUCUUCUUUUUUUUCCUACUGGUGGUGCAUGUGAGGAAGCAUUCUUACGAGUUGUAUUUUCCUUGGCAAGAUUCUGCUUCUUCCUUUUCAUAGGGGUUAGAUUUUGCAUUUGUUAUAUUUUUUUUUCCUCUUUCCAUGUUCUUCCCCCCAUCCUUUACCUCAUUUUUGUCCACAAGCCAACUCUGGCCGUUGUAACCUCAGUUUUGAGGUCAUUAAGGUAUAUAGUGAUCAAUGGAACUCAGAAAUGGUUUUUGGUUUUC